CGGAACAUUCAGUUGCAUCCUGUCAACAUCAACUACUCUGUGGUGUGGGCCGCGAGCCUUGGUCAACUGUGGUCUAGCAUUGAGAAGUGAGGAUCAAAAUGAAAAUUGAUACAGGUUUAGAUUCAGUUGUAUGAAAAAGUAAGGAUGGAAGAGCUUUCAUCUCAGCGGAGUCGGGGUGUGUGGAACUGGUCAACUCUUUGUGAUCAUGGAGAGAACUUACAGGCAUGGGAAGGUUCUGAUUUUGGCCAUUGCUUUGAACAACUGGCCAUUCUUAGCCCCACCCAUGCCUUCCUGGCUCUGAUCAGCAGCUACCAUUUUGGUCGCCGUCGCAGCAGCCUGAGAGGGAACAGUUUGUACGUGAGCUGGACCAGUUUUCUCAUAGUCCGAUUCGUCUGUACUGUGGCCCUGAUGCUGAGUCCUGUCUGUCAGAUCAUUUUCUCCAUCUCAUUAGAGCAUAUGCUGCCCAGUAUAGCUGAUGGAGUGUUUGCAGGUCUUGCCUUUCUCAGUUGGACUCUCCAUGCUCUAUAUGUGUGGAAUGUUCGAUACCUUCACAGCAACAGUUUAAGAGGUCCCUUGUCAGCAGUGAUCAGCGUUCUGUUGGUAGCGGUAUCCUCUGCGGUACAUGUUCACACUGUAGUGACCCGACGCAUGGCUCACUCACCACAUCAACUUGCCACAGAGGAGUACACUGCUUAUCUUAACGCUGCUUUUUGUCUCAUUUACUUCUUUACUCUGAUUCCUAACAAAAGUCGUAUAUACCACAGCGACAUUUUUUGUCUCAAUGGAAGCGAGGAGGCUUCUGAACCUUUAACAUGGGACAGAAUACGCAGCUACAGCUCAACGGUACCUCAAAGAGAAAAUGUGAUUGUUGCAGAGGCCAGAGUGGGCUGCAUCUCUUGGCUCACAUUCCAGUGGGUGCAGCCCCUGAUGUCACGUGGUGCAGUGAAGAAGAUAAAUAGUGUGGAUGACCUGUACAAGCUGCCACGCAGACUCAACACAAAUCUAAUCAACCAGAAAUUUGAAAAGAUUAUGAUAAAGGCAUUUAAAAGCGAGGAUCAGAGGAAAACUAGAGCCCUUGAUGCAAGUGGUUCUUUUGAGAACAGUUUUGGAAAUUCUGCUGUAGUUUCUGAUCAGCAUCAAGCUGUCAAUGAUAGGGGACAAUCUCUUAAUGACCCGAGUCAGUACCAAGUAAGAUAUGAAGGCAUGCGAACCCAGGAUGAGAAUAUCACUUCUUCCCCCUAUGAGACUGGAAAACAUAGCCUGCGACAAAUAAGCUUGUUUAAAGUUCUGAAUUCCGCAUUUGGUUUGGAGUAUUACUGCCUUGGAAUGCUCAGACUGCUGGGAGACUGUUUGAGUUUUGCCGGUCCACUGCUGCUCAAUUAUUUAGUAACAUUUAUAGAGGACAGAUCAGAACCAAUGUUCCAUGGCUAUCUUCUAGUCGGAGGUUUAUUUCUUUCCACGUUACUGGGGACAGUGUGCUACACUCAGUUUGACUACAAUGUUCAGGUGGUGGCCUACAAAAUUCGUUGUGCUGUGGUAACAACUAUUUACCGAAAGUCUUUGACCAUAAGUGGAGUGGCUCAGUCACGUUUCACUUCAGGAGAAAUAGUCAACUUUAUGAGCACAGACUGUGACAGAAUACUUAACUUCUGUCCGAGCUUUCAUGCGUUUUGGAGUCUUCCUUUUAAAGUGGCUGUGUCCCUGUACCUGCUUUAUCAACAAGUGGGUUUGGCAUUUCUGGCUGGGCUCACCUUUGCUGUCCUGUUGGUGCCUGUCAAUCGUUGGUUGGCCAAAAAGAUUGGAAAGCUGAGCAGGGAAAUGAUGCAGCACAAAGAUGGCAGGGUCAAACUAAUGAGUGAGAUUCUGUAUGGAAUUCGUGUGGUCAAGCUUCACUCUUGGGAAUCUCAUUUUGCCGAUCGCAUAGCCUCAGUAAGGCAGCAGGAGCUGAAAUGUUUGCGUGGUCGCAAGUACCUGGAUGCCCUCUGCGUAUAUUUCUGGGGCACGACCCCUGUUCUCAUCUCUAUCCUGACCUUUGGCACUUAUGUUCUGAUGGGACAUACUCUCACAGCAGCCAAGGUGUUCACCAGUCUCUCCCUGUUUGUCAUGCUGAUCAGCCCCCUCAAUGCCUUCCCCUGGGUCCUCAAUGGUCUCGUGGAGGCCUGGGUGUCCCUGCAGAGGGUGCAAAAAUUUGUUUGUCUCACUGAUAUGGAUCCAGGAGCAUACUACAGCCCACCAGCCCAGAGUUCAGAUUCUGGGGCUGGUCCUGUGAUCCGCAUAAGCAAUGCCAGUUUCUCAUGGCAACCCAGUUCGUCAGACACGGAGGAAAAGGCCGCAGCUAACACAGUGGCCACAACUGAAGGUGGUAACGAUGAACAGGACAAUUUGUCAGACUUAUCAUCAGAUGCAGCUUCCAGCAUGGUGCAAGACCUGUUGAAUAUCACAGUGGAUGUGCACAGAGGCCAACUUGUGGGAGUGAUAGGUCGUGUUGGUGCAGGAAAGAGCUCUUUUCUAGCAUCAGUGCUAGGAGAGUUACGAAGGCUGGAAGGAGAGAUUGCUAUAGAUGAUCUGGAUGCUGGUUUUGCCUUUGUGAGCCAGGAACCCUGGCUUCAGCAGGCAGCAAUAAGAGACAAUAUCUUGUUUGGUCGUCCUUUUGAAAGUCAACGCUACAACAAGACACUGGAGGCGUGUGCACUCACUGAGGACCUCAAGAUGAUGCCAAGCGGUGACCUGACGGAGGUCGGGGAGAAUGGUGUCACCCUGAGUGGAGGUCAGAGGGCAAGGGUCGCCCUGGCCAGAGCCGUGUACCAGGACAAGUCAGUAUACCUUCUGGAUGACCCACUGUCUGCUGUGGACGCGCAUGUGGCACAGCAUCUGUACACCCACUGUAUCGCGGGCCUGCUGGGCAGCAAGACCCGCGUGCUGUGUACCCAUCAACUAAAGUUCCUGGCGCGUGCUGACUGGGUGAUUGUCCUUGAAGAUGGCAAUAUCGCCAAGUCAGGUGUCCCCAGUGAUGUUCUGCCACAUGUGCAGAUGUUGGAGUCGAACCGCCCGGGACAGAGACACAAGGACAAGGAGGAUGAGGAGGAAAAAGCUGCGGCAAAGCGAGAAGAAGCGAAGGAAGAAAACUUGGUGAAGGAGGAGGGACGAGAAAAGGGCGUUGUGAAGGCUGCUGUGUACAAAAGCUACUGGCUGGCUGUUGGCACCUGUUUGUCCCCUAGUGUGUUGCUGGCACUCUUUUUUAUGCAAGCUUCUCGCAACUUGACUGACUGGUGGCUGGCAUUCUGGGUGACACACAGCCAAGACUCCAGUCCUCUCAACUCAUCUGUACCUGCUGUCAUCUGGCCUGUGAGGAAUAUACCUGCCCAGAAUUUGUCCAGCGGCUCAGAUAACCUCAACUUCUACUUGGGUAUUUAUGGAGGUCUUGCUGCGUGUAACUCCAUCUUUACACUGAUGAGAGCUUUCAUGUUUGCAUAUGGUGGGGUCAAGGCAGCGACUGUCAUUCACCAGCGUCUUCUGAAAGCCAUACUGAAGGCUCCCAUGUCAUUUUUUGACAUGACCCCUGUUGGCCGGAUCUUGAAUAGAUUUUCGUCAGACUUGUACGCAGUAGAUGACGGACUACCUUUCAUCCUAAACAUCUUCCUGGCACAAACCUAUGGCAUUCUGGGUACUCUGGUGAUCACCUGUUAUGGCCUGCCUUGGUUUACCAUCUCACUAGUCCCAAUGGCUGUGAUCUAUUAUAAAAUACAGCAUUAUUACCGUCACACAUCUCGUGAGCUCAAGCGUCUAUCUAGUGUGUCGCUGUCGCCGAUCUAUAGUCAUUUCUCUGAGACCAUCAUUGGUUUGACCACCAUCAGGGCCAUGCGGCAUUCUACCAGGUUCUGUCAGGAGAACAUUGUUCGCCUUGACAUGAAUCAGAGGGCCCAGUACGCCACACAGUUAUCGGCCCGCUGGCUCGACUUCCGACUGAGAAUGCUGGGUGUUGCCAUGGUAACCUGUAUCUCUUUUGUUGCUGUCAUUCAGCAUCAGCUGUCGUCAGUUAACUCAGGUCUUGUUGGACUGGCCAUUUCGUAUGCGCUGGCAGUGACGAACUUGUUGGGGGGCGUUGUCAUGUUCUUCACGGAGACGGAGAAAGAAUUUGUCAGUGUGGAGAGGUGUCAGCAGUACAUCGUAGAGACUCCAGUGGAGAAGUGGAAUGGAACCUUGUUUCCCCCAUCCGUCUGGCCCUCAGAGGGUGUGGUGGAGUUUGAGGAUGUCUGUCUCCGCUACAACAACUCACAGGCCAGGGUUCUCAACGGCGUUUCCUUUAAGACAGAGCCAGGAGAAAAGGUUGGUAUUGUUGGGCGUACGGGUGCCGGAAAGUCAAGCCUCUUCCUGUCGCUCUUCCGUCUGGCAGAGCUGAGUCAAGGUCGCAUCAUCGUUGAUGAUAUAGUCAUCAGCAUGCUGGAUUUGAAUGAUAUAAGGUCCAAGUUUGCCAUAAUCCCGCAAGACCCGUUCCUGUUCAGUGGCACCAUCCGGCUCAACCUUGACCCUACCAGCGUCCACAGCGAUUCCGAUCUGUGGGCAGUCCUUGACCGCUGCCAUCUGAGCAGCUGCGUAGACAGGAUGGGUGGCCUGGAGGCAAAGCUUACUCAGCGCGGCCGAGAGUUUUCUGUGGGCCAGAGGCAACUGCUGUGCCUAGCUCGUGCUCUGCUCUCUCGGGCUAAGGUUCUGUGUAUUGAUGAAGCAACAGCGAGCGUUGACCAGGAGACGGAUUCUCUCAUCCAGUCAACAAUCAGGCACGAGUUCCGCAACAGCACGGUGCUCACCAUCGCACACCGUGUCAACACCGUGCUGGAUAGUCAGCGCGUGCUUGUUAUGAAAGACGGUCAAGUGGCCGAGUUUGCUCCCCCUGACGACUUGCUCAAAGACUCGAGCUCUCUCUUCUAUCAGUUUGUCUAUGGUGGUUCUUAAUGUGUUCAGACGUUUUGUUCGUAAUCAAUGGACAAAAUGACAACAUUUUUAUUUGCUCCAUGGGAUGAAUUUUUACGACCUUAUGAACUCUUUAGGUGGGUUGUUGGCGGGUGCUCUGGUGUGGUUUGCGCCUUUUUUUCCUGUCAAACAUCUGUUGUCUUUA